CAAGGAGCUUCCUGCCUUCCAGGAGCUUUCCGAACAUGUAAAUGCACCUCUUUCCUAGUCUUUCCCCCCCCCUAGACGAAAUAGUUUUAAAACCCAUUGAAUGUUCAUUGUCUCCUAAAGAAUAAGACGUUUCAUAAAGUCUGUUUAAGUUUGAUUUUAAUAAUCAUCAAAUCUGAGUGAGUGUCUACCUAUUAAUCUUUUCUGUUAUGUGACUGAGAAUCCAUCUUUGACAUCAUAGCUGUUUCAUAGCAACCUCGGUCCAAGUGAAAGAUGAGUCCUCUGUUCUUUAGGGUGAAGAGAGUAGGCUGAAAGGUAGGGAGAAUUAUGCAUCCACUCACCCAGCAAAUACCUUUGGUGUCCUUGGGAAGGAAGAGUGCCUAGAAAGGGGAAAGGAACUGCAUUUAAUAUCAUCUGUCUUGCUGAUAAACAUUUGGAUUCUAUAAGGGCUCCUGGCCAUUCAUGAAUUUUCAUUUCUAUUUAAAAUUUCUUGCACAUGAACAGUGUUUCACACUUUACAAAGUGUUUUCCUGUACACUUUAUCAUUUGAUGCUCAAAGUGACCUUCCUGAAAUAGGCAAGGAGGUCUUAAUUUACAAAGGAGGAAGUAGAAAUAGGAAUUCUGUAAGGGUAAGUCACUUGCCUCUCAGUUCAGACUCCUUAAUCCUUUUUAUAGAAGUUUUAAGAGCAUUUAGAGUCACUAAUAACUUAAUUCAAUUUAUUCUCUUUUUUUUAAUACUUGGUAUUUGAUUACUUAUUUGGUCAGAUUUAACUGAGGUUUUGAAAACUGUCAUACAAAACCCUUUAAAUUAGAUCCCACAAUUUGGAAGGGCGGGGAAAGGGUGAGGAAAAAUCUAGUAGCUUCACUAUACAUUUGAGGUAAUUUGUAAAUUCACUUGAGCUUCUGAAGUCUUUUCAUCUUUGUCUUACCAAGAGGUGGAUUAAAAUUCAUGAAAAGGAUGUGGAAAGAAGGAAGACUGGUAAGGUGAUGGACCAUUAACAAGCAGAGAUGGCAGAGCAGCGACAUUGACUUUGUCCUCCUGCCUGGCCUGGCCUGUCACUAAGGACUGGACUGUGGUUUGCUGAGUGGCAGUUUUCACUGAUGAUGCAGGCAUUACAUCUUUUGACUUUGAAGGAUAUCUCAUGUCGAAGGAAUUGAGUUAUGAUAUCAUAGAGGAUUCAACUGGAAUACCUUGGGGUGCUGGCUGAAGGUGGUGAAAUGUUUACCAAGACAUGAAGACAUUAGCCACCAGUUUCAUCCUUAGGAGCCUGGUAUUGGUUAUUUAUCUGCCUUUUGUGGUGACUGUACCUAAAACACUGGCCAUCCCUGAGAAGCUGCAAGAAGCUGUGGGGCAAGUUAUUGUCAAUGCCACAACCUGUACUGUCACCUGUGGCCUUGGCUAUAAAGAAGAGACUGUCUGUGAGGUGGGCCCUGAUGGAGUGAGAAGGAAGUGUAAAUCGCAGCGCUUGGAAUGUCUGACCAACUGGAUCUGUGGAAUGGUCCAUUUCACCAUUCUAAUAGGGAAGGAAUUUGAGCUGAGCUGUCUGAGUUCAGAAAUCCUGGAGAUUGGGCAGGAAGCUUUCCGGUUCACCUGGAGACUUGCUCGGGGUAUCAUCUCAACUGAUGAUGAAGUCUUCAAGCCCUUUCGAGCCAUUUCCCACUUUGUGAAGUUUGAAUCUGCUCAGGAGUAUGACUCUGGUACCUACAGGUGUGAUGUGCAGCUGUUAAAAAAUUUGAGACUUGUCAAGAGGCUCUAUUUUGGUCUGAGGGUCCUUUCUCCUAACUUAGUGAACCUGGAUUUCCAUCGGUCCCUUACUGAGGAUCAGAAAUUAGUAGAUGAGGGCCUGGAAGUGAACCUGGAUAACUAUUCCAGGCCUCACCGUCCACCGUGGAGAAAGAAGGUGGCUAUUGCCUUGGGAAUAGGAAUUGCCAGUGGAGUUACUGGCAGUGUGUUGGUGAGCAUUGUCGUGUACGGUGGGCUGAGAGUGAUCUACAGCCUGAAGGCCUAACAGGCCUUGCUUCUGAGGGGUUGGCUCCCUACCAAGCUGGACGUGGCUGCUCAGCAAGUCAAGGGGAGUGUUCUGGAUCGGCUAAGAGGGAGGCCUUCCACUGCCAAGAGAGUGAAUGGGGGAUAUGGAGAAGGGCAACACUCUGGUAGCUAUGGGCAGUAAUCUCUUCUUUGUACCCCAGAUGGAUCUCUUCCUGAUCUUCCCUGCCCACUAGGUACCCAGGAAACCUGGCUGCAGUUAUCUCCCGUACUGCUGGGAAGAGUUCUGUCUUCCGAGCUUGCAUUCGUCUCCUCCCCUUUGCAACUGUGUGCCUCCCUUCUGAGCAGCGUAAUCACGUGGAAGGAUAUGGAUAUGUUAUUAAUAACUUUUCUAAAGGAAACAUUGUGUUCCUUCUUCAAUAAAAAUAAUUGACAGUAGCUGUAUGGAGACCUAACCUUUUCUGCUUUCGUUAAAAAUGUCUUGCAUUUGUUUAAAUUGUCCCAUAAUCAGUCUGGCUUUCAUUUUUCUCAAAUUUCUUAGAAUAGACAUUGAACAAACUGUUUCAUAGUGGGGCACAUGCCCAUGUGUGCCGGAGCUGAGGUUGUCAGUAAUGACCUCUGACUCAGGAUGUAAUAGACCAUCACUGAGUGUUCAUUUAUCUGCCCCUCCCCAUACUCCCCAGCUGAACCCUCUGUGUUCGGUGUUCAAUUGAUUUCCUGGCAAAACACUGGAGUCUUCCUCCGAACAGUUCCUUGGCUUGCUCUCUGCUUCCUUUGCUCUAGCUCUUUCAAUGCCCUGAAGCUUGUGAUCCUGGAAAAGUCUAUUUAUUUAUUUUUUUCAGUAAUUUAAAAAUUUUUUUUAUUGGGGAAUGUUGGGGAACAGUGUGUUUUUCCAGGACCCAUCAGCUCCAAGUCAAGUUGUUUUCAAUCUAGUUGUGGAGGGCACAGCUCACUGGCCCAUGUGGGAAUCAAACUGGCCGCCUUGGUUAUGAGCAUUGCACUCCAACCCCUGAGCUUACCGGCCGCCCAUUAUUGGUUUCUUAUAGCAGCCAAAGCCCCUUAAGGGAGUACUAAUAAUACCUUCCUUCCUCCAUGGGCAAUGCCAGCUUAAGACCCUCAGAGACCACUCAGAUUGUGUUUGAGUAAUUGGCUUGUGGAGCCAUCAGGAAAAAGGCUCUUGAUGACCCGUUGAGCUAAUUCUACUGAGAGAGUUACAGUAUUUCCUCUCCUCUCUAGCCAUGUCUGAAUCAUGUGGAUGAGCUUUUGAAAAAUCAGAUUCCUGAGCCCCAACCCUGAGGAUGCGAAUUCAGUUUAAAGUAUGGCCAACAGAUUUAUGUUAUUUUCUCUACUUUUAAUUUUUUUUAAAAAAAAUGUGAAACCCUUAGAAAAGUAAAAGGUUUGAUGACACCCAUAGAUCCUUUCCCUGGAUUCAUCAACUUUGAACCUUUUGUUACAAUUAUCUCUCUAAAUAACACUGAUUUUACUGAAUCACUUG